CUAAAUAUGAAACCCUCAGACCAUAUCUAGUGAAAAGUUGUUCCUUUUCGAAAAGGCUUUUGCAGCUAGAGUACACAUCUCUAAGAUGGUCAGGGUCACAACUUGCCAUUGUGAAGCCAUGGCAGUCAGCAGGCCCACCGUCCUUCGUUCUGGACCACCACCUGGCGCUGGCAAGAAGAGAGCAGGACCUGACUAUGCAUGCACUUGCCGACGAGAUUCACAGCACUUGGCGACGCGACAAUCUGAUGAGCCUUUGGAGUGAGGAUCCAGGUGUUGCCGAUGCACUGCUGCUUGGAGCUGUGGGCGAUCUUGCUUUGGGCACUGCACCACGUGUUCGCUUCGACGGGGCAGCAGGUGCUGCAGCAGGAUCCGCAUAUACUUCAUGCCGAACUUCAUGGGGUAGGCUUCGAUGAGCCAUAUCAGGAUGGCAAUCCUGAGGAGGAGACUUCACAGGUGUCACAACAAAGGCUACGGAGCUCAAGUUGCUGCCACAAGAAAGCACCAAACGGCUUUCCGCUUCAAAGCCAUGCUGCCAUGAGACCUGGGAAGGUGCAUAUGGUCGCGGAACUUCUUCACCCUUAGCUGCCGAGGCUUCCCGACUGAAGAUGCCAGCAAAGCAAGCACCGAAAAAAAGAAAACAAUCCGCGGCGGGUUGCCAAGAGGUUCCCUUGCAUGGAAGGUAUGGGACCAUGACUUUGCACUAGCAGCAUGCUUUCAUGUGGCUCUUGGAUAGCCUUGCGGCUCAUCAUAUUUUGUUCUUUGACUCAUGGAAAGUGAACAACAAAGUGAAGUGUUGUGCCACAUGCGUCUUGGUGAUGUUAUGGUCGUCCUUUCGAUCCACAUGUUCUAUCAUUUUGGUCCUUCAUGGCCUGUACGGUUGCCAAAGAUAGGCAGGAGACCUCAGUCUUCAGGAUGGAUAUCUUCCCAUGUGCCAAAAACCCGGUUUUUUACAUCCCAUAUCCGGCGACCCUAAAAAGAGAGGUCAGCCAAAGAAAAACGUG